GAAUAAUUUCUAGUCGUACCGUAGACGGCACCUGACUGACACGCUAGAUGACCAUCAAAAAAACAAAAAAAGUACCGCGUUUUUUCCAUUAUUGUGUUGCGUCAAUAAGGAGCACAUUGAACAAACCCGUCGUCGUCGCUUACGUGCAUACGGUACAACCGCAGUACGACUUUAACAAAAAAAACAAAAGAGGGUGCAAUUAGCGGGUCGAAGUGUUUUUUUUUUUUUUUCAAUUUCUUAAAAUGGGCGGGUCGAAAAGCCGCUUGUCCGCCCUCACUCAGGACAUCCUCGAGGAGUACACGAUCCUGACCUACUUGAACAAAUCGGAGAUACUGCAUAUUUUCAAAAUCUUUGGGCAAAUGGACCGGGACGGCACCGGACUGCAGGACUGCGACGCCCGUUUCCCGUCGGAAUCCGUGCAGGAAAUCUUCACCCAAUUGAAAUUCAACCCUUUCAGGGAUCGGAUAUUCAAGGUGUUCUCCUCACGCGGGGACAAUUGCAUGUCCUUCGAGGACGUCCUGGACCUGUGCUCGGUCAUGUCCGAGAAAUGUCCGGACAACGUCAAAGCCGCAUGGGCCUUUCGGAUAUUGGAUUUUGACGAGGACGGCCUGAUUGGCGAGGAGGAUUUGGCCCGAGUAAUUGACCGACUCACGCAACACUCCGGGUAUCUAACCGAGGAGGAGCAGCAACAUAUAAUUAAAAUUUUAAUGGAGGGUCUGGACAUUGAAUCUUCCGGGAAAGUGUCCGUGCAGGAGUUCGUACACUCUGUGGGGAAAAUGUCCGAGUUUCCGCACUCGUUUUGCUUCAGACUGUAAAUUGUUGUGGGAAUCUCUGGUUGGGUGCAGGGUUGUACUGGGUACAGGAAAAUCUUCUCGAAAAUGGUUUUAAUUUUUUUUUUUUUUGGAAGGAAAAAUUGUUUUUUAUAUUUUUCAAAUUUUCUCGGAAGUUGUGAGGAAAAUUAUGGUUUUUGCUUUUGCGUUGGAUUCUAUGGAAAAGGGUCUAAAAAAAUGCUAGAAUACGUUUUUGCCCUAAAUUGCGUAUUAAGGGAGUUAUGGGUGUUUUUUUGAAAAAUAGCCCCAUUUUAGGAGUCGAAUAUUUGGAAAAAUUGAAAUUUUUGAAAAAUCAAAAAAACAAAAUUACCAUGAGAUAGAGCAUUAAAUUGGCAUAAAAAAAGUCUUAUGACACUUUUUUCUAAGUUUGAUAAUAAAGGCACAAAAAAUUUUUGAAAAAUUAUUUUUUAAAAAAAAAAUUCAAAAAUUGACUUUUUACUCAAAAAAAUGCUUUUUUGAAGGAGGAAUAGUUGUUUAGAAUAUUUUAAACCACUUUUCUGAACCGAAAUUGCAGAUUAAAAAAAAACGAUUUUUGGCCCAAAAUUUCCAGGGUAUCUAUCCCCCAGGGAAAUUCUCCAAAAAAUGGUUUUUAUUUUUUUUUGGAAAAUCUGUGAGGUUUAGAGAAAAAUCGUUCAAACAAAAGUUAUUGGGCCUAAGGAGGGCUACCAUUUGCAAAAUAUUUCACAUUUUUAUCUAUCACCAUUUUCGAGAUAAUUCAAAAAAACCGAUUUUCAUAUUUUCCCAUUUUUCUCUGAAACUAUGAAAAAAAAUUGAUGUUUUUAUUUUUGCAUUGGAUUCUAUGCAAGGAUGCCUAAAAAAAAGCUAGAGUACUUUUUUGCCCUAAAUUGCAUACUAAGGGAGAUAUGGGUGAUUCUCUGAAAACGAGCCAAAUUUUGAGCUCAAAAAUGUCGAAAAAUUAAAAUUUUCAAAAAAUCAAAAAACAAAAUUACCAUGAGAUAGAGCAUUAAAUUGACAUAAAAAAGUCUUAUGACACUUUUUUCUAAGUUUGAUAAUAAAGGCACAAAAAAUUUUUAAAAAAUUCUUUUCUCAAAAAAAAAUUCAAAAAUUGACUUUUAACUCGAAAAAAUGCUUUUUUAAAGGAGGAAUAGUUGUUUAGAAUAUUGUAAACCACUUUUCUUAACCGAAUAUGUAAAUUUAAAAAAAUCGAUUUUUGACCCAAAAUUUCCAGGGUACCCCUCAGGGAAAUUCUCCAAAAAAUGGUUUUUAUUUUUUUUUGGAAUAUCUGUGAGGUUUACAGAAAAAUUGUUCAAACAAAAGUUAUUGGGCCUAAGGAGGACUAUCAUUUGCAAAAUAUUUCACAUUUUUAUCUAUCAACAUUUUCGAGAUAAUUCAAAAAAACCGAUUUUCAUAUUUUCCCAUUUUUCUCUGAAACUAUGAAAAAAAUUGAUGUUUUUAUUUUUGCAUUGGAUUCUAUGCAAGGAUGCCUAAAAAAAAGCUAGAGUACUUUUUUGCCCUAAAUUGCAUACUAAGGGAGAUAUGGGCGAUUCUCUGAAAACGGGCCAAAUUUUGAGCCCAAAAAUGUCGAAAAAUUGAAAUUUUCAAAAAGUCAAAAAACAAAAUUACCAUAAGAUAGAGCAUUAAAUUGACAUAAAAAAAGCCUUAUGACACUUUUUUCUAAGUUUGAUAGUAAGGGCACAAAAAAUUUUUGAAAAAUUAUUUUUUCAAAAAAAAAUUGAAAAAUUGACUUUAAACUCAAAAAAAUGCCUUUUUAAAGGAGGAAUAGUUGUUUAGAAUAUUGUAAACCACUUUUCUUAACCGAAUAUAUAAAUUUAAAAAAAUCGAUUUUUGACCCAAAAUUUCCAGGGUACACCCCCCAGGGAAAUUCUCCAAAAAAUGGUUUUUAUUUUUUUUUCGAAAAUAUGUGAGGUUUACAGAAAAAUUGUUCAAACAAAAGUUAUUGGGCCUAAGGAGGACUAUCAUUUGCAAAAUAUUUCACAUUUUUAUCUAUUGCCAUUUUCGAGAAAAUUCAAGAAAACCGAUUUUUAUAUUUUCCCAUUUUUCUUUGAAACUAUGAGGAAAAUUGAUGUUUUUAUUUUUGUGUUGGAUUCUAUCCAAGGAUGCCUAAAAAAAAGCUAGAGUACUUUUUUGCCCUAAAUUGCAUACUAAGGGGGAUAUGGGCGAUUCUCUGAAAUCGAGCCAAUUUUUGAGCCCAAAAAUGUCGAAAAAUUGAUAUUUUCAAAAAAUCCAAAAACAAAAUUACCAUAAUAUAGAGCAUUAAAUUGCCAUUAAAAAAGCUCCAUAGCACUUUUUUCUAAUUUCAAUAAUAACUACACGACAAAUUUUUGAAAAUUAUUUUUUUCAAAAAUUGACCCUAACUCAAAAAGUUACUACUCCACAGUUGGUUCGCAGUAUUGCUAACCAUUAAAAAAUAUUUUUUUUAAAUCACAAAUUGAAAAAAUCGACAUUUUCCCAAAUUUUUCAGAGAAUAACCCACGGGGGAAAUUCUCCAAAAAACGUUAGAAAAAAAUUUUUUUAAUAUUUGAGGCUAAGAACGUUGGUCAUUUAAAAAACAUUUAACAAUUUUACAUAAAACCAUUUUCGAGGAAAUUCUAGAAAACCAAUUAUACGUUAUAUUUGUUCAAUUUUAUCUGAAACCGUGGAAAAAUUACUGCAUUAAGAGUACCUAUAAGAAAGCUAAAAUACUUUUUUGCUCUAAAUUAGAUACUAAGCAAGCCAUGGAUCCCCCCCCACUCCAAAAAUUAGGUACACCUUUGUGAUAACAAUGACACAAAAAAAAUCUUCUAUUGUUUUACGAGGCGCAUUUGUUUCCAAGCCACAAUUACCGUCUUCUCUUUCUUUCUAAUACUCUUGUGUGGCAAACAAGCAAGAUAACAACCCUAUUAAUACACCUGUAAAUAAAUCGUUUUUGUAUCGCAAAA